CUGAUGAUCAAAAACGUCACGAAUUCGUUCAAGAAGAUCAGAACGGGGAAAAGACCAUCGAGACUCUCAUACGUAAAAAGCAUCCGUCUUCUGGAGGAUGAUACGGAUCCUAACAAUCGCGCAUUAGGAGAUGGACUGGAUGUUAUAUCCUCAAUGCACUAUGGACGAUAA